CAGGAUAUUGCGAAAAUAGUUACUCGUCAUCUGAAAUUGCAACUUCUUCUUCAUGAAUGUGAGCUCGAUUGCACCGAAAGCCGUAUGCUUAUAUAAACGCUGUCGAGUCCGUUUCCUGGGACUAGAACCAGUACUUGGUGUCUUUUGGGGGAGAUCAAAGGAACGCUCCCAGUGGGUUCGAACCCGUGACCUCCCGAUCUCUAGGCGGACACCAUAUCCACUACGCCACAAUUUGAAAUGGAGACACGGCCUAAGACAGGAAUCGUUGUGGGAGCCGGCUCACGAGGCAAUGGCUACCCCUGGUAUGCUAAGGAAUAUCCUGACCAGUUACAGAUUAUUGGUGUGUGUGAGCCCAGGGACUUUCAGAGAAACAGGACUGUGAAGGCUUUUGACAUUGCAGAGAAGAAUGCAUUUAAAGACUGGAAGGAUGCUGCAGACCUAGAGAGGUUUGCUGACUGUGUGAUCAUAUGUACACCUGACAGAUUGCACAAGGAACCAGCUAUUGCAUUUGCGAAGAAAGGUUAUCAUAUUCUACUUGAAAAACCUAUGGCUGUAACAGAGGCAGACUGUAGAGAGAUUGUGGCUACAUGCAAAGAGAACAAUGUGAUACUGUCUGUAUGUCAUGUGCUCCGGUACAUCCCCUGGGUAAAGAAAGUGAAGGAAAUCAUAGACAGCGGGGCCAUUGGAGAUGUGGUCAACAUCAACCAUACUGAGCCAGUGGGUUUCUGGCAUUUUGCCCACUCCUUUGUGCGCGGUAAUUGGCACAAGGAGAGUUACAGUUCGUUCUCACUGCUGGCCAAGUGUUGUCAUGAUGUAGACCUCAUCUGCUACUGGAUGUCUGGCAGGAAAUGUGAGAGGGUCUCCUCGUUUGGUCACCUCAGUCACUUUCAUAGUGGUGAUAAGCCCAAAGAUGCUGCAGACAGAUGCCUGGACUGUCCUGCUCACGUUGAGACUACCUGUCCUUACUCUGCUAAAAAGCUCUAUCUAGGGUUUGUGAAAACGGGUCACACAGGCUGGCCAGUGUCAGUCAUAUGUGAUACACCAGAUAUAGAGAAUGUCACGCAGGCCCUCAGGGAUGGACCGUAUGGUCGCUGUGUAUACAAUAUGGACAAUGAUGUCGUCUCUAAUCAGGUGGUGAACAUGCAGUUUGAGGGUGGGUCUACAGCCACUCUGACCAUGGUGGCCUUCACUGAGGGCAUAUGUACCCGCCAGGUCAUGAUCUAUGGCACCAAGGGACAGAUAACAGUAAAAGAUGGCAAGAGGAACCCAGUAUGUGUGUAUGACUUCAAUUCACAACAGACAACAUCACACAACAUGGAUGACAAGACGGUAUGUUCCAGUGCAUUGAGUGGGCAUGGCGGGGCAGAUUUCCAUACUAUCAAUGCAUUUGUCGAUAUGCUUCAUAAUCCAAGUUCAUCCACCAUUGAAACUGGACCAGACGCUACGUUAGCAAGUCAUGUGCUAUGUUUCGCUGCUGAGCGGAGUAGAAAGGAAAACAGGACACUUUGUUUGAAUGACGAUGGAGUGUAUGUCUAACAGCAAAUAUAGCAAGAAAUGUCUGUAAUAUGUCAAUUUUAAAAGGAAAUUAGAGUAUUUAGCUAACUUUUAUACAAUCAAAAAAUGUCUGAGAUUUACCAGUAAUUAUUCUUCCGGAAUUUCAGACACCCAAGUGUGAAUCAACAUGAAGUGUAUCUUUAAAUUCAAUGCCAUGAAGAAUAGUAUGUGAUUUUACAAUAAUAAUUGUGGAAGGAACUGUAUGAAAAAGGAGUUCAUGUUUCCUUAUACCCAAGCAAAAGUGUGGUUUACCAGUAACAGAGGAAAAUCUGGUCGAUUAAGUAUGGAUGCAAUGGAGUGUAUAAAUUAGAACACAAGCUUGUUAAAUUCUCUGUGAUUAACCAGAUGUUUAUGUUUACACGACUCUUUGUUAUCUUGUUUUCUGUUAAGCCUCUUUGUCAAGUUAAGAUUUUUGAGAAUAUGUUAUUUUCAACUAAUGUUCAUUUUUAGUAAUGUUCAUUUGUAAUUGUAAUUAUGAUUUAUGUAUGUCUUAUAAACAAUAUUUUUGUAUUUGUAAUAUUUUAUUAACAUAAUAUUUAACUGUUUCAUGUCUUUAGAUUGCUAUCAAUAACAUUAAUUGCCAUCUGUGAUAAACUAUUAUAUAUUUUGCAAAUACAUUUUGUAUCCUUAAUA